CGGGUCAUAUCGGGUUGGGUCACGUUUAUUUCAGAAUUCAGAUAAUUAUUUCUGCACCGGCCCACCCAGAUCCUAAAACCCGGUUUACUUCUUCCUCUUUCUCAAUCAACAAAACCCCCUUACACCGUCACAAGCUAGGGUUUCUACCUACUCUCUCUCUAGAAAAUCUAAAAUCUUCGUCGACAGCAAUGCCGCAAGGGGAUUACAUAGAUCUUCACAGGAAGAGACAUGGCUAUCGCCAUGAUCAUUUCGAGCGCAAAAGGAAGAAAGAGGCCCGCGAAGUUCACAAGCGAUCUGAAAUUGCCCAGAAGGCCUUGGGUAUCAAGGGUAAGAUGUUCGCUAAGAAACGCUAUGCCGAGAAGGCUCAAAUGAAGAAAACAUUGGCUAUGCAUGAGGAAUCUUCAACAAGGCGCAAGGUGGAUGAUGAUGUACAUGAAGGAGCUGUUCCUGCCUAUCUGCUUGAUCGUGAAACAACAACACGAGCAAAGGUUCUUAGUAACACCAUAAAGCAAAAGAGGAAAGAAAAAGCUGGGAAAUGGGAGGUUCCUCUACCCAAGGUCAGGCCUGUAGCUGAAGAUGAGAUGUUUAAAGUGAUCAGAUCCGGUAAACGAAAAACCAAGCAGUGGAAGAGGAUGAUCACCAAAGCCACAUUUGUAGGACCAGGUUUUACGAGGAAACCUCCCAAGUAUGAACGAUUCAUCCGUCCUUCAGGCUUGCGAUUCAAUAAAGCUCACGUGACGCACCCUGAACUUAAAUGCACUUUCAAUCUCGAGAUCAUUGGAGUGAAGAAAAAUCCUAAUGGUCCAAUGUAUACAUCUCUUGGUGUUAUGACUAAAGGAACCAUCAUCGAGGUGAAUGUCAGUGAACUGGGUCUGGUCACACCAGCUGGAAAAGUUGUAUGGGGGAAAUAUGCUCAAGUGACAAAUAAUCCAGAAAAUGAUGGUUGUAUUAAUGCAGUUCUCCUGGUCUAGAAGGAUUAGUGUGAACGGGAGCAGAACAAGGGUUGCUCAUGGUAGAAACCAGGUUGAGAAAAACUAACACACUUCAAAGUUAGUGUCUGGAGACUAUGAUGCUGUUUUGUUCAGGAGGCACCAUAAUUUUCUCCGUUUCGGAUGUAGAGUUAUUAGCCCUUGUAUCUCUUGGAUAGAGUGUCCUUGAUAAUGGGAGAUCAAAUAUUAUAUGUAACUUAUAAUUUUGUCUUCAGAACCAAAUCGGUAUCUACUCUUGCUUAACAUGGGGAAAUAUCUUUAUGAGGUUUUUUUUUGUCAUA